CUCGCGUGGUUUUGUACCAAGUGCGCGUACGUGACGGAAAUUAAACGGCGAAACCCUCGGAGAUAAUAAGUAUGACAAUAAUCACCGCCAUCCUUGUCCCGUGGACUGCGUGGAUCUUGGUUGCGUUCGCGGACUCGUCCGAAGGACGUCAAGCGAGGAAUCUGGAGAUACUGGCACAGACAUUGGGCCACCAUCACGGUACGCUGGAUGAAUCAUUAUUGGACAAUUACGAUAACAAUCCAGAAUUGCCCCAAUUCGCCGAGGAGAUUCAAAAUGUGACAGUGAGCGUAGGACGUGAUGCUCUAUUGGCUUGUGUGGUGAAUAAUUUACGAAAUUAUAAGGUGGCGUGGGUGCGCGUUGAUACGCAAACUAUACUGUCGAUCCAUCAUAGCGUAAUUACUCAGAACCCACGGAUUUCACUGACGUUCAAUGACCACCGCUCGUGGUACCUUCAUAUAAAGGAUGCUCAGGAGGUCGACCGUGGAUGGUAUAUGUGUCAGGUGAACACUGACCCAAUGAGGAGUCGUCAGGGCUACAUACAGGUUGUAGUACCACCGUCGAUUAUUACCAAAGAGACCAGCACCGACAUGGUGGUCCGCGAGGCUUCCAACGUGACGUUGACGUGCAAAGCGACCGGGUUUCCGGAGCCUUACGUCAUGUGGCGACGCGAGGACGGCAAGAACAUAAAUUACAACGGCGAGAGUGUGAAUGUCGUGGAUGGCGAAGUACUGCAUAUCGUGAAGAUCAGUCGUCUUCACAUGGGGGCUUAUCUGUGCAUCGCUUCGAACGGCGUUCCGCCAUCGGUCAGCAAGAGGGUCUUGCUGCGUGUACAAUUUCCACCUAUGCUAUCGAUACCAAAUCAGUUGGAAGGAGCGUAUAUUGGACAAGAUGUCACACUUGAAUGUCACACCGAAGCUUACCCGAACUCGAUCAAUUAUUGGACAACCGAACACGGCGACAUGAUAGUCUCUGGCAAUUACCAUUCGGUUACAGGCGACAAGUACGAGGCGGUAUCUACCGACAACGGUUACAACAAGUACAUGAUGCUGAAGAUAAGGAACGUCGGCCCAAAAGACUUCGGUUCGUACAAAUGCGUGGCGCAAAAUUCACUCGGCGGAACGGAUGGUGACAUCAAACUAGACGAAAUCCCGGCACCUUCGACAACAUCUACAAUGCCACCGCCGUAUUACCAACCCACGUCGACGAUGAAAAAGAACGGUAGAAACGGUAACAAGAAAUCACAACUACCGCCUAGCGACUACGAUGUCGAGGAAUUGCGAAAUCCAGGCCCGGCGUCGAUGAGGCCACCGGGUGACCUGCCGGCGGACGCCCAGAGCCCGGGCGUGUCCCAUCGAGCGCAGCUCAUCCUUCUCCUCUCCCUGAGCCUCCUAUCGUUGCUGCUUCCGGCCAUCAGAAGGUGAUUCUCACGUCGCGGGAACGGGGCUUCCAGUUCUAGUGUUUAUUGGCCGGUGGCCGACCCGGGGACGACCGGCACGGUUACCGGUUACCUCCGGUGCACCGUCUCCGGCAGAGUGACGGACGAGUGCGAUGAAGCGGGCCGUGCUUGAAAUUAUUUUCAUACUAAAACUAGACUUAUAUACAAAAAACGGGAGAAAAAGAGCGAGCGAGAGAGAGAGAGAGAGAAAGGGAGAGAAAGAGAACGAACGAAAGAAAGAGA